UUUUCAUAGACGCGGCCAUCACGACGUCUCUUUCCUCUGCCCUGACGAAUUGUUGUCUCGUCUCGACCAAAAAGCGAGAGGAUCUUUCCCCUCUCCCUCUCUCUCUCUCUCUCUCUCUCUCUCUCUCUCUCUCUCUCAAACAGCAAAGUAAACCUUGAAUCCUUAUACCAUAUUCAUCAAAUCUCAUAGAUCGAUCUCCAUGGCUACUUCAGAACGCGAGAUCUUUGUCUACACUGCUAAGCUCGCCGAGCAAGCCGAACGCUAUGAUGAGAUGGUAGAAGCAAUGACGAAAGUUGCAAAGCUAGGAGUGGAACUGACUGUGGAAGAAAGGAAUCUGCUCUCAGUUGGGUACAAAAAUGUAAUCGGUGCUAGGAGAGCUUCAUGGAGGAUUCUCUCAUCAAUAGAACAGAAAGAGGAAUCACGAGGUAAUGAUCAGAAUGCAAAACGUAUCAAGGAGUAUCGACAUAAAGUGGAAUCAGAACUCAACACCAUUUGCAAUGACAUCAUGAGUGUGAUUGAUGAUCAUCUCAUUCCUUCAUGUGGCGAGUCUGGUGAAUCACAUGUAUUCUAUUACAAGAUGAAAGGAGAUUACUAUCGAUAUAUGGCAGAAUUUAAGUCUGGAAAUGACAAGAAAGAUGUUGCUGAUCUUUCAAUGAAAGCAUAUGAGGCAGCUACCACUACUGCAGAAGCUGAAUUGCCACCUACACAUCCUAUUCGAUUGGGACUGGCUUUAAAUUUCUCAGUCUUCUAUUAUGAAAUCAUGAAUUCAGCUGAAAGGGCAUGUCACUUAGCCAAACAGGCUUUUGAUGAAGCAAUUUCAGAGCUUGAUACUUUGAAUGAGGAGUCAUACAAAGAUAGUACUUUGAUUAUGCAGCUUCUAAGGGACAAUCUCACCUUGUGGACAUCUGAUAUUUCAGAGGAAGGAGAAGAUUUACACAAGCACGAUGGUGGUGGUAAAACUGGUGGUGAGAUUGAGAAUGCAGAGUGAAGGGAGUGGCGAAUAGAGAAAAAAAUUGGUGUUGAUUAUGGAGUUGGAAGUUGUUGGUGAUGGAUUGUGUGUUGGUAUGGUUGUGUGAUGAUAUUAUUAUUAUUAUUAUUUAGAGUUUGUAGAGAGGAUUAGGUGGUUUUAUCUUUUCAAUGACUACCCAUUUUCCAACUCAGUUGUGUGCAUCAUUUUAAUUUAUUUUUAAUGGUUGAUGUCCUUGUUUUUCU